AUGGUUAACCUCACCUUGUCACGCCAUAACCACUUGAAUGGCUUCAGGACAACCGGAGCAACACCUAAUGAGGCCAUGGCUCCGGUUGGAUUUGCUAGUGGGUCUUACAUAAUGCAAUAUUCCAUCGGCACUCCACCUACCCCAACUUGGGGCUUUGUGGACACAGCUAGUGCAAUUAUUUGGCUCCAAUGUCAACCUUGCAAGAAAUGUUACAAUCAAAAGGAUCCCAUUUUUUAUUCCCGUAAUUCUUCUAGUUACAGAAAGAUUGGAUGUGAUGAGGACGAAUGCGAGUACUCACAUCGAUUACAUUGCUCGGAAGAUGAUCAUUUUUGUCAGUAUGGUAUGUAUUAUGAAGAUAGGACCUACUCAAAUGGCCAUCUCUCUGCUGAAACCCUAACUUUCAGAGAUCAACAAUCCAAGGCAGGCAAGAUUAUUUUAUUACACAUACUCUUUGGUUGUGGACAUGAUAAUAGUGAUGGAUUGAAACUUUAUGACACUCCAGCAGGGGUUGUUGGCUUUAACAAUGAAAAAUUAUCUCUUAUUUCACAAACUGGUUUCAAUGGAUUCUCCCAUUGCUUCAUACCCAAAGAUAGUUCUCUUGAUAGCCCACUACACAUGGGUGAUUUAGCAAUAUUUGAAGGCGGUAGGACUCCAAUUUUGAGUGUUGGUUUCCCAGAUUACUACUAUGUAGGCUUGCAUUGCAUUAGUGUGGGCAACGACUGUCUUCCUGUCCCAUCAGGGACUUUUAAUGUGACGAUGGAACGAAAAGGUGGGUUUGUUGUCGAUUCGGGUACAUUAUUGACACAACUCAGAAUAAAUGUGUACGAACUUUUAAAAGAGAAAGUGAUACAAAUGACAAAGGGUCUUCGUCAAGUGAAGGGCACACCUGGAUUACUUGAACUUUGCUAUCGAGGAACUAUUGCGGAGAUUGAGAAGAAAACACCACCUAUAACAUUCCAUUUCACCGGAGUAGCCUUGACGAUGAGUGGAUUAAAUGCUUGGAUUCCUAAUGGCCGAGGACAAGCGUGCCUAGCUAUGCUGCCUGGAGAUAACGCAUUUCUUAUAUCUAUCUUGGGCAGCUAUCAACUGCAAAAUAUUAAUGUUGGUUACAAUGUGAGAUCGCGAUUUAUUUCUUUUAAGCCCAUGGACUGCACCAAACUGUAG